AUGAAGUUAAUAUUCAGCUCGAAAGCUCUACCCCAGACGUUUGCGUGGGCAAUUGCAAGUGCCAUCCCACAAGGACUGCAACAGAUCAUGAGACACCAGACAACAUCAAUAGGAGAAAUCAACUUGUUCUCCCAGAUGCAAGAGGAACUUGUAAAAUCAUGGCAAGGUAGCGAACCACCCCAAACACUGUCUUGUUUUCUGUUCGAUUUCCUGUCUCGACAAGCAGUCGAACAGCCAGGUGCUGUGGCCAUCGAUGCCUGGGAUGGUCAAUGGACCUAUCAAGAACUUGAUGAAAUCUCCACAACCCUCGCAUCCCACCUCCAAACAUGUGGAGUACAGAGUGGGACGCUGGUCAUCGCGUGUUUCGAGAAGACCUCUUGGGCGGUGGUAGCUCUUCUGGCAGUCAAUAAAGCCGGGGGAGGCUUUGUUCCCUGUGACCCUACGUAUCCAGCAGAGAGGAGAGAGAAAAUCCUUCAACAGGCUGGCUCGCCACUUAUUAUCACGUCGGCAGAAUGCGCGGGUCUCUUCGCAGGCCUGAAAAAUCCUUCUGUCAUGAUCAUCUCACCCACUACUUUUUUGAAUCUAGAGAGAGCGUCCUAUCGACGGCCUACGAACGGAGAAGCACCUGCGUAUGUGUUAUUCACAUCCGGCAGUACAGGAGAACCAAAAGGAUGCGAAAUUUCACACAAGGCAUUUGCCAGUAUUUCGAACCAUGUCAAGGCGCUCCAUCUGGGUCCCGCCAGCCGUGUACUGCAGUUCGCUUCUUUCUCUUUUGGGAUGGCAAUCAUCGAGAUAUUCUGCACCCUGGCGGCUGGCGGCACAGUGUGUAUGUUGUCCGAUGAGCAACGGCUGAACUCAUUAGCGGCAACCAUGACAAAGAUGAAAAUCAACUGGGCUCUUACGACCCCGACAGUCCUUGGCUCGCUACAGCCGCAUGACCUCCCCUAUUUAAAGUGCCUUGUAGUUGCUGGAGAGGGGCUAAACGAGGCCCAAAUUCAGAUAUGGAGCGCUGCCCUCGACAUUUUCCAGGCCUAUGGCCUUACAGAAUGGACCGGAAUCUUCGCAGUCUCCCACAGAAUCACGAGCAUACAGCAACGGCGGAUGAUAGGCGUUCCUGUGAAUGGUCAGGCAUGGCUUAUUGAUCCAAGUGAUCACCAUAAGCUUGUGCCUGUUGGGGCGGCUGGCGAAUUGGUGAUCCGCGGGCCUGGUUUGGCCGCAGGUUAUUAUCGGGCUACUGAGAGGACCAAGGCUUCGUUUUUCUCCCCUAAGUGGCUAACUCGGUGGACGUACCACGGCGAAAGCAUGGUAUACAGGACCGGGGAUAUAAUGCGUUACAACGCAGAUGGAUCUCUGUCAUAUGUUCGACGGGGGGACAACCAAGUCAAAAUCCGCGGCAUGAGGGUGGAACUGAAUGAGGUGGAAUACAAUCUAAUGCAGCUAAUGCCGGAAGCCAGAAGAGUUGUUGCCAUGUUGUGGAAGCCGCAGGAACGUGAUGGACAACAGGUUCUGUUGGCCCUGAUCCACAUGCCACCGUCCGACUCGAAGCCCGCAGUUUUGAACAGCACCGAUGGUGAAUUGCUAUUUCUCCAGCCCACUACAGAAAGGCGGCGCACAAUAGACAAUGCUCUAGAGGCGCUCCACUCGCGUCUGCCAGAGUAUAUGAUUCCGCAGUACUUGUUGGCUUUGGCUGCCUUCCCAACCACUGUCACUGGAAAAGUUGACCGUCAGAAGUUGGUAAGCUUGACGAAUGGAAUGACAACUGACGAUCUUCAACGUUUAGCAGGUCGACAAGCUGAACAUCAAGCACCAACCACGGAGAGCGAACGACAAGUAUACGACUUGACAUGUACCAUAUUGGGAGUCAAGUCUGUGAGCAUGAACGACAACUUCUUUGAUCUUGCAGGCGACUCAGUAGCAGCGAUGAAAAUGGCCGGAUUAGCCCGCCGGCGUAAAAUCCAACUGACAGUGGCAGAUGUUUUUAAUCGCCCCGUGUUGAAAGACCUAGCAUCAGCCGUUCGCCAGCUCAAUAACUCAACGACAUCGCAAAGGGCGCCCUUUGGUCUUCUGGACGCUGCCGUUAGACAAAAAGUCAUUCACGAAGCGGCCAACCAUAUGGACGCCGCUCAAAUCGCGGAUAUCUAUCCGUGCACGCCCCUCCAGGAGGGUAUCUGGGCACUUUCUAUGCGAAACCCUACUCUUUAUAAAGCACGAGUGAUCUGCCAUCUUCGGCCGGAUGUGGACCUCGAUAGAUUCAGAACGGCAUGGGAACGCGUGUUCGGACUCAAUGACAUUCUUCGGACACGUCUUUUCCCCUCUCACUCUGGAGUGUUUCAGGCGGCCCUACGAGAAUCAUUCGAGUGGGACGCUGCUGAGGAACUCCAGUCCUACCUUGAUAGGGUUGACCGGGAACAUAUGGGCGUUGGAAGUAGGCUGGUCCGAGCGUGUCUGUUGGCCAACGAUAAUCAAGCCACAUUCGUUCUCACAAUCCAUCACGCCUUGUGUGACAGGUGGUCCCUAAGAUUGCUACUCGAGCAGAUUGAGAAGCAGUUGUCGCCGGUUCCCCCAUCAACGAACUACUCAUUCUCACCGUUUAUCGAACACCUGGUCAAUAUUGCACCGCAGCUCGAGAAAUUUUGGGUUGACCAAUUUCAAGGCCUAGAGGCUUCGCCGUUUCCCGCACUCCCGUCUCCGGAUUAUACACCUACUGCGCACCAAAUUUCCAGGUUCAAUCUCUGCCUGCCAAGGCGUGUCCUUCGCGAAAAGACUCUAGCGAGCCACCUUCGGCUGGCAUGGUCUCUCGUCAUUUCACACAAUACUUGCUCGGACGACAUUGUUUUCGGGUCUACUGUCACUGGACGAGGCUCGAAUGUGAAUGGGAUCGAGGCCUUAUCUGGUCCGACUAUUGCAACGGUGCCUUUUCGGACAUCAUUAAAUCCCGACGGAACCAUCGCCAGAGCGUUAGCUGCUGUACAGGAACAAUCUAUUUCGAUGAUACCGUUUGAGCAAGCUGGACUACAGAAGAUCCAGAGAUGUAGUCCAGAAGCCGAGUCGGCCUGUAUGUUCCAGAGCACGUUGACCGUCCAGCCUGCCUGGCCUGAUUCCCUAACACUGUUCAAGGAUUGUCAGGAAGGGGCAGCGACAGCCGGGGGCUUUGCCUCUUAUGCCCUGUGUAUUGAGUGCUACCCGAACACGGAGGAGACCCAAAUGGAGAUCCAAGUCGCAUAUGACGCAAAUGUGUUGCCCCCUACCCGCAUGGGGCGCUUGAUAGACCACUUUGAGUUUGUGCUGCACGAGAUAAUGAAGGGUCCUAACAAAACGAUACGCGAGAUCCAACAUAUCAGUCCGUCUGACCUGAUUCAGCUAGGAAGGUGGAAUGAGACGAUUCCCUUUCAGCCACAACAGACCGUUCACAGCAUUGUUCAGAGUCAAGCGAAAAAGACGCCCCAUGCUCCAGCAAUAUCUUCGUUAGAUGGUGAACUCACUUACCAAGAGCUCGACAGAUACUCCACGCAACUAGCAGGCGAGCUACUGCUACUUGGAGCGAGACCGGGCAUGCUAAUACCUGUGCUAUUUGAGAAGAGCCGCUGGGCAAUUGUGGCAAUGAUGGCAGUCUUGAAAGCAGGGGGUGGUAUCGUUGCAUUAGAUCCAUCAUAUCCCGUCGACAGAAUGCGCGCAAUUUGUGGCCAGGUGGAAUCACCCUUGGGUAUCUGUUCAGAGAGAUAUGCUGCGACUCUGCAGCAGAUUGGACCUAAGCCGAUCAUUGCAUCGGAGUCCUCUGGCGCUUGGCGUCGACCUGUUGAGGACCUGAACCUCCCGGUCGUCGGUGCGGAUUCCACGAUGUAUCUCAUCUUCACUUCCGGGUCCACGGGGAUGCCGAAGGGGGUGGUUGUCAAUCAUGACUGUUUCGCGUCGUCAACUUUGGCAUACCGAGCGGAGAUUAACCUUGACUCAUACUCCCGCUUGUUGCAGUUCUGCUCGUUUGCCUUCGACGUCUGCUUUGCGGAGAUCUUCGGCACGUUGAUGGCCGGGGCUUGUCUUUGCAUCCCAUCUGACGCCGACCGCAUGAAUGAUAUACACCACCCAAUGAGGGCGCUCCGUGUUACCCAUGCAUUCUUCACGCCUUCAUAUGCUCGCUUGGUCCAACCGGAGCAGGUCCCGUCCCUGAGGGUAGUCAUGUUGGCUGGUGAGCCCGUAAAAGCCUCGGAUGUGGAGCAUUGGGCUCCUCAUGUACAUCUCGUGAACGGCUAUGGGCCAUCGGAAUGUGCUCCCAUUUCAGCUACUCAAUGCCUUGAUGGAAGUGUCAAUGUACAGUCCCAGGACAUAGGUUAUCCUCGGGGUUGUGUGGCGUGGAUCUGUGAUCCCCGAAAUCAUGACACUCUCCUUCCCAUCGGUGCUAUCGGAGAGCUGGUCAUAGAGGGUCCGAAUGUCGGUCCGGGCUAUUUCCAGAACGCUUCGGAUACGAUGAAAGCAUUUAUGGAGGCUCCCCGAUGGCUUCAAGGCUUUCGCGGGCACACAAGUAAGCGGGUCUAUAAGACGAAAGACCUCGUGCAUUACACUGAAGAUGGCCGUCUGCGCUAUGUCGGCAGAAUAGGGCAACAGGUCAAACUAAGGGGGCAGAGGCUUGAACCAUCUCAUGUGGAACACCAUCUCUUACAAUCGUUCGAUGGUGCAGCGGAGGUGGCUGCCAUUGUUGCCACGCCAAAAGACGCCGACGGGAGGGCAACUCUCGUUGGAUUUGUGCUUUCCGAGAAUGCUAAGGCAAGGCCAGGAGGGGAUAUAUGCUUGCCGCCUAGUGAGGAAUUUUGCCUACUCACUGCCACUGCGCGUUCUAAAUUGCAACAAUCACUCCCAGAGUUCAUGGUUCCCUCUCUAAUAAUAUCAGUCUCAUCAAUGCCACGGACACCGUCAGGGAAACUUGAUCGGCAACGGUUGACACGAGAGAUCACAAGCCGGACCUGGGACCAGCUCAUGGAGUUUGAGGCAUUGGCAAUGCCCUCUCAUGUUUCCGCUUCCGACACGGAGAAGGAGUUGCAAACAAUUUGGUCUCGAGUACUGAACCUCCCUGUCAGUGCGAUCGGUACCAACAAAAGCUUCUUCCAACUUGGUGGAGACUCGAUCACGGCCAUGCUGGUGGUUGCCCAGGCUCGCGCUGGCCGAUCCAGACUACAAUUAACAGUGGAGGACAUCUUUCGCUUGCGAACUAUAUCCCAAAUCGUGACACACGCUACAAAUUCAUCCGACCGCCUAAUGUUAGCCAACCACGAUACAUUAGACACGCCUUUCGAUCUGUCUCCAAUUCAGCAACUCUUCUUUGAUACCAACCGGCUGCAACAGCAGAACCGAUUCAAUCAUAACCUCCUCCUCCACCUCAAGAAGCCCGUAUCUUUUGACCAGCUAAGAUUGGCCAUGCAAGAAAUUGCGGAGGAGCAUCCGCUACUACGUGCCCGGUUCUUACUGAACGCUGAUGGCCAGUGGAAACAGCUCAUUCCCAGUGAGAUUGAGGGUUCAUAUGGUUGCAGGCACCAUCAGCUGACCUCUGCGGACAUGGUGAAAAAAGUACUUAUGGAGAGUCGGCGAGCACUCGACAUAUCGGCCGGUCCCGUAUUCUCUGCAGAUUUGAUCGAUAUUGAUGGGAAUCAGAGCAUAUUUCUCCUUGCGCACCACCUUGUGAUCGAUAUGGUUUCAUGGACCGUGCUGCUUGCUGACCUUGAGACCCUGCUACAUGGACGAUCAAUUCCAACAGGACAGUCGACUUCGUUCCAGACCUGGUGUACCUUAUUGGCUGCGUACGGACACGAGUCGCUCUCCGUUCCCCAAGGGCCACUGCAUUAUAGUACACCCGAAGAUUUCUGGGGGACAUCCGAAUGUCUGAAUACGAUAGGAGGGACCCACGAGACGGUCAUACAGAUUGAUACUCCGACCACGGAAGCAUUACUUGGAGAAGCCAACAAUGCCUUUGGAACGCAGCCUGUGGAGUUGCUCCACGCUGCUCUUCUGUUCGCCUUCACCACGACAUUUUCAGAUCGUCCUGCCCCAGUCAUUUUCUCCGAAGGGCAUGGUCGGGAACCAUGGGAUUCUGCCAUCGACUUGACUCGGACGGUGGGAUGGUUUACUACCAUUGCUCCGGUCCACGUCGAGGUGGAUGCGGCUCAUGAUAUUGCCACGGUUGUGCGCCAAGUGAAGGAUACCCGCCGCAGGCUCUGCAGAAAUGGAUUGGAGGCAUUCACAGCGAACUAUUUCAAUACAAGAAACCAGAAGGCUAGCCCGGCUGGCAAGAUGGAGAUCGUUUUCAAUUACGCAGGACGAUACCAUCAACAGCUGGGUCAGGCCGGCUCCUUGUUCGAAGUGGAGUCUCUCCAAAAUAUGAGCAUUUUCGACGCUGCAGAUGACGCGAGGCGAUGGUCUAUGGUCGACAUCAAUGCUUUUGUGCAAGAUGGCCAGUUAGCUUUCACCUUUACAUACCCGCAGGGAUGCAACCCGUCUCAGGUCCUUCAGCCGUGGACAGCUAGCUUGCGCAAGGCUUUGAAUUUGAUAGCAUCAGAGUUCAAGACGCAUCCGAGGAGCUACACGCUCGCUGACUUCCCUAUGUUGGAUCUGGAUUAUUCCCAAUUGGACUGUCUUUUGGAGACAUUGCAGCAUGCCAAUAUAAGACCGGAAGAUGUUGAGGAAAUAUACCCAUGCUCCCCUAUGCAACGGGGUAUACUCUUGUCUCAGGCGAAGGAUCCAUCUUGCUAUCAAGUGGUCAUAACAUGGGAGAUCGUCCCUGGAGAGAAGAGGCCUGCUUCUGCUGAGAGGGCAAAAGCUGCUAUAGAGCAAGUCAUGGCUCGUCAUGCAUCUCUACGUACAUGUUUCAUUGAGACAACCUCUGAGGUUGCAGCUUUCGAUCAAGUCGUCCUAUGCAAACCCCACCAUCAGAUUGUCAUUUACAACAGUGGAGAAAAAGAUGCACAGGCACUGCUACAGAGUGGCCAAUUCCAGGCCAGCCCUCACUCCCCACUACGCUUCUUAAUUUUCGUGUCCUGUGACCAGAAGGUCUACAUCCGCCUGGACAUAAGUCAUGCUCUGACUGAUGCCAAGUCAAUUGACCUUUUGAAACGGGACAUUUGCCUUGCAUAUGACAACCAGCUGAGUAGUCCAGUGGGACCGCUCUUUUCCAACUACAUCAGCUUUAUUCAGACACGAGAUCCCAUCGCCGACGCAGAGUUUUGGGAUACAUACCUGGAUGGGAUUCAACCUUGUCAAUUUCCAGCCCUCACGAAACAAGCCAACACCGAAAGCGGUGUUACAAAUGACUACGUCUUUGAUGUUGCUGGAGUUGAUGGAAUCGAGCUUUAUUGUCGGAAUCGCAACGUCACUGCACCAAACGUCUUUGGCCUCGCUUGGGCCUUGGUCCUGGGAUCUUACACUGGCUCGUAUGAUGUUUGUUUUGGCAACCUCAACUCAGGAAGAGAAAUGCCGUUUGAUGGGGCGCCGGAGGUCGUGGGCCCACUUAUCAACAUGCUCACGAUGCGUGUGAAGUUCAAAAACGCCACUAUUGAACAGCUCGUUCAGCAGGUCCACGCCGACUACGCCGCUGGGUUAGCCCAUCAAACGUACCCCGUUGCCGAUAUUUUUCACCGAAAGGGGCUCAGCGGACGAUCCUUGUUCAACACUGGAAUAUCUGUCGAACGAGUUGACGGCCCACAACAUGCUAAAUUCUCUACUGACUUACGCCUUGUGCAUCGGGUGGAUCCCACGGAAUAUGAUAUUGUCCUCAACGUGGAGAUCGAAAAGUCUCGGACUAUUGUCCAUCUCAGAUAUUGGUCAUCAUGUUUGUCCGAUAGCCAAGCGCCGUUGAUUGCUGCUUGCUUUGAUCAGGCGGUCACAAUGAUUAUCAAUGAUGACCAGGCUCCGGCGUCGAGCCUGAACCUCUUCUGCCAAGCUCACCAUAACUUGAUCUGGCACUGGAAUAAAGAGUUAUCCAGUUACCACGACUGUCGUGUGCAUGAUGUCGUCCAGAAGCGCGCAACCGAAUGCCCCGAUGCCCCUGCUGUAUGUAGCUCCGGGCGUACGCUCACAUAUAGGGAACUAGAUGUCCAUUCGACCGCACUCGCCCAUUAUCUAUCACAACAUGGGGUUGGGACGGAAAUGUUUGUUCCACUCUGCUUUGAGAAAGGCAUGUGGACAGCCGUGGCCAUAUUGGCUGUGCUCAAGACUGGGGCGGCUUUUGUCCUUCUUGAUUCCGGCCAUCCUGACCAACGAAUAGAGACCAUCUGUCAAGAUGUCGGUGGCCCGCUUCUGCUUUCAUCACCAGCCCAGGCAGAGCGAUGCGCACUAUUUUCCAGUACUGUUGUAGUAGUGGGGGGAACACAAGAUCUUUGGCGUUGUCUACUCCCAGCGCCGUCAAGCCAGUUGUUUUCCGCCGCCAUGCAAACAGGGCCGACCAAUGCCGCCUACGCUGUCUAUACGUCCGGUUCUACCGGCAAGCCAAAGGGGAUUAUAAUCGAGCAUGGGUCCUUCUGUUCAAUGGUCCAUGCGCAGGCUCCCAUAUUGAACAUGAAUGCUUCAGCCCGCGUGUUACAGUUUUCAUCUUACGCAUUUGACGUUAGUAUCUUUGAGAUGCUCAUGCCGUUAAUGACAGGUGGCUGUGUAUGUGUCCUGUCCGAGGUGGAGAGAAGAGACCGUUUCGUGGAGACAAUGGGAACUCUCCGAAUUUCGCAUGCUCUCCUCACUCCGUCAUUCUCCCGUCUUGUAUCGCCCGCUGCGCUGCCAGACCUUCGGGUCCUCGUCUGUGGUGGAGAAGCGAUGACUCACCACGACAUGGAGCGCUGGCUUGAUCAUGUCAUUCUUAUCAACCAUUACGGUCCCGCCGAGUGUUCCGUGUGCUCGGUUGUCCAACCGAAUAUCAAUACAACUUCACGCGUCGGAGAGAUCGGCUGGGGCGUCGGUUGUGCAACUUGGGUCGUCGAUCCAGAUGAUCACGAGCGCUUGGUUCCGAUUGGAGUUGUCGGCGAACUGGUUAUUGAAGGGCCAAUUGUUGGCCGCGGGUAUCUAAACAAUCCGACUGCGACUCAAACCGCAUUCAUUGAGCCUCCGCGAUGGUUGCGCAACAUGCGAUCCUCGCUUGGACGAAAUAACCGGCUGUACAAAACGGGUGAUCUUGUGCGAUAUGGCUCUGAUGGCAGGCUGUACAUCCAUGGGCGCAAGGACACUCAAAUCAAGGUUAGAGGACAGCGUCUGGAACUUCAGGAGCUGGAGUACCACAUUCACAGAUGCUUUGAAUCUGCUGGGAAUGUGGUUGUAGAGCUGGUUCGGAACGGUUCCGAUGGCAGCCCGAGACUUUUUGCAUUCAUUGCCUCAACAAAGGAAGUAUCCAGUCAGUUUGACGGGUUUAGCGCCGUUGGGAAGGAGUUCCGUGAUCGUGCUGCGGCUGCCAGUACAAAGCUGUUUGAGAGCCUGCCCUCCUACAUGGUCCCAACCUAUUUUGUCCCCUCGGUUACACUGCCUUUGAAUUCAUCUGGCAAGGUGGAUCGCAAGCAACUGCAGUCUUGGGCCUCGGCUUUGUCUUCUGACCAACUAAAGGAUUACCGCCCCUCGGCAGGUGGCCAGUGUAAGCCCUCAUCUCCAGAAGAAAAGCUCCUCCAUGCUAUCUGGGUCGAUGUUCUGCGCAUCAAGCCGGAAACAAUCGGCGCUGAAGACCAUUUCUUCCAGGUUGGGGGUGAUUCGGUCACUGCGAUGAGAGUUGCCGCAUCUGCACGAAAACAGGGACUGAACAUAGUAGUUGCAGAUAUCUUUGCUCAUCCCCGGCUUGCGGCACUAGCUAAAGCCGGAACUAACAGCAAUAUCGAACAGUUUGUUCUAAAACCGUUCUCGCUCUGCCCUGUGACUGACCGCGAACUUUUCUCCAUGCUGCUUCGCGUGCGGCGCACAAUCCCAUCGGACUGCCAUAUUGUGGACAUCCUACCUACAUCGGCCACUCAAUCCUUCUUUAUGACCACGCCCACUCUACACCACUUCACGUUUGAUAUUGACGGGCCUCUAGACAUUCGCCGACUGCGCGAUGCCUGUGACAAAGUUUUCAACAUGUUCGCUAUCUUGCGUACCGUUUUUGUCCCAUACGCAAAACAGAUAUUGCAAGUGAUUCUUGACAAAGUCAAUACCCCAUUCCACCACUUUGUGGUAGAUGAGCCUAUCCCGGAUGUCAGGAGGCGCCUUCAGACUGCUGACCGUGAGCAUAUCCCACUUAAGGGACCGCUGGUCUUCGCCUUUGUGCUUAUAUCCCAUUCCGAUGGAUCACGGCAUUCGCUGAGCUUCCGUGUCUCACAUGCGCAAUGGGACGGGCUGUCUAUAGCGGAAUUGUUUAGCAGCGUACAGGAGGCAUAUCAUGCAAGGCCGUUGACCCCCAGUACACCCUUGUCGACCUAUAUCUAUUACCGGGCGCUGCGUGAUAAGACGCCUUCCCUACAGUUCUGGAAAGACUACCUCCAGGGCUCGAAAAUCACUCGGAUCACCGAGCCUCCUAGUGCAUUCGCCGAUCUCACCCAAGGAGACACCAUCUGGGAGAACACUAACCUGCAACCGGCCCCCGAGCCACCACUGGGUAUUACGAUGGCCAGUGUGGUCAGGUCUGCCUGGAGCUUGGUUUUGGGCCUGGAAACAGGGGCGAGGGACAUCGUCUUCGGCCAAACGGUGAACAGCCGCAGCUGCCCGUUGCCUGAUAUUGACCGGAUUCUGGGCUGCUGUUUGAAUUUUAUCCCUGCACGCAUCCAGCUCCAACAGUCAUGGACAGGCCGUGACCUCCUCCAGCACGCGCAGACACAAUACCAAAAAACCGUUAAACAUGAUGACAUUGAGCUGCAAGAGAUCAUUGAUCAUUGCACGGCCUGGCCGAACGGGACCGACUUCAACACCAUUGUCCAGCAUCAAAAUAUCCCUCUAAACCAUACGAUGCUACUGGGGGAUCUUCAAACCACCUUUUCGCCAAAUGGAUAUUUCCGCCCUGGUCGUGAGCUCUUCAUUUUCACUGAGCCUUUCGGUGAUCUGUUGAGCGUUCAACUAUGUGUGAAUCCCAAUGUGAUGGAUUUGCCUCGGGCUCGGUCUUUGCAUCAUAGACUUGUAAAGUUGAUUGUGGAUCUGUGCUGCUCUCCUGAUGAACCGAUCUCAUGUUUCCUUGAGUAA